GCACGUGCCGCGGUAGGCGCUCUGCCAUCUGUCCAAAAGCUCCGCUUAGAAUACCGGAUCAAGCAGGGCAUGCUCCGCUGCAAACCCUCGCCCGCUGCCCACACGUGCGCUCGCCGGAAGUCGGCGCCCCAGUUCGCUGUGACUGACUCGAUGACAGACUGACUGACUUCACGUCGCCGCCGAUGUGCUGAAGCCGACGCCACCGGGUAUAACGACACGCGCUUCUGACCCCUCUCGCGGGCGUGGCGUAAAGCAGGACCCGCUGCUGCCCCGUUGCCAGCCACCUUAACCGCGGCUCCCUUUGAGUGCGACAACUUUCCGUUCGGACCGCGCAUCCGAGCCUCGAGCUGCCAAGGGGUUACGCCACUGCUGCGCCACGAUGAAGCCUUUCGAUGACGGGCAACCCGAACUAACGGCAGGGGCAGGGUCCAACAUGAUUCGACGCCUCAGCAAGAGCGACCGGUACGACUUGAGGCCGGGAACGCCGACCCUUGAUCGACCUGUGUUCACUCAGCCACACUUCGACAGCGAGUUUGCGGGCAUCCCCAAAGAUAAGGUACCAAUAUGCGACCGUUUCGCCAAGUCGCUUCGGAAACGCUGGCAGGUCAAGCAUCUCCAGAAGAAGUUGCUUGGCUUCUUUCCUAUCAUCGGCUGGGUGCGUGCUUACAACCUCAAGCAGUGGCUGAUCGCGGACUUGAUCGCAGGAAUAACAGUCGCCAUCUUCCACGUGCCCCAGAGUUUCGGAUACUCGUUGCUCGCCAGCGUGCCGCCGGUCAACGCUCUGUACACGGCCAUGUUUCCUAUGCUGAUGUACACCAUCUUCGGAACCUCCAGGCACCUUUCCAUUGGGGCCUUCGCUGUUGUCUGCAUGAUGACCGGAGCUGUCGUGGAGCAGUAUAAGGAAGAGUUCGGUGCAGCGAACGUCGCUUCCACGUUGAUGUUCUUCGUCGGCUUGUACCAGCUCGCCCUCGGCGUCCUCAACCUGGGGGGCCUGAGCGUAUUCAUGUCCGAGCAGUUUGUGAGUGGCUUCACGGCCGGCGUGUCCGUGCACAUAGGUUCGAGCCAGCUGGGCAGCCUGUUCGGCCUCCCCGUCGAUCAUUUCUCCGGACCAUUUCUGCUCAUUAGGCUCUACGCAGCCUUCAUCACACUCCUCCCGGACACGCACUUGCCCACGCUCGGACUCUCGGCCUGCUGCAUCUUCCUACUGCUAUUUAUCAAGCUAGUCGUCGACCCCUUCGUGGAGCGAACGAUAAGGAUGCCCGUGCCCAUCGAGAUGAUGCUGGUCAUCAUAGGCACGGCGAUCUCCAGUUAUUUUGAUCUGGAAAAACAGGGUUUCGAAAUCAUUGGUCCCAUUCCAAACACGUUUCCGUCGAUGGGCUUGCCAGACCUGAACUUGUCUCUUGUAACGAAAGUCGUCGUGCCGGCUCUUACUAUAGCGAUCGUGUCGUUCACUGUCACGGUGUCCUUGGGUCGCAUCUUUGCCAGGAACCAUGGAUACGAGGCAGUGCCAAACCAGGAACUGCUGGCACUUGGUAUGUCAAACUUUUUCGGAAGUUUUCUCGACUGCUUUCCAAGUGGUGCGUCCGUACCACGAAGUUCUAUUCAAGACAAUUCCGGCGGAAAAACACAGCUCGUCAGUCUCAUCAACACUGCGUUGAUUGCUCUGGUACUUCUCUACCUAGGAAGUUACCUUGAAAAACUCCCUGUCGCAGUGCUGGCGUCGAUCAUAUUUGUCUCAUUGAAGAAGGUCUUCAUGCAAGUCAAAGAUUUCUAUAACUACUGGAAGAUUUCCAAGAUUGACGGACAAGUUUGGCUUGUGACUUUCUUUUCGACGGUAAUCUUGGAGGUGCAACUCGGCCUGGUCAUCGGAAUAGUGUUCUCACUGCUUACUCUAGUCUACAAGAUACAAAGGCCAAGCACGUGUAUACUCGGACGAAUUCCCAACACCGACUAUUACGUCCCUGUGAAAAAAUAUGGAAUGGCGCAGGAGAUUUCUCGAGUCAAGGUGUUCCACUUUGGCGGUCCGAUCCACUUCGCCAACGCGGAAUUCUUCAGGGCGGAACUGUCCCGGAGAACGUUGAUCCGUGUGCACAAAGUGCUUGCAGCCAGAAAAAAGGAAGCUGGGACCAAGAUCUGUCCUCCAUUGUACUGGGCGAACGCCCUGGAACCAAGCCCACCUAUAUAUGAUCACCUGAGUGAGUCGACGGCCAGCAUACCCUCCACGAACAUACCGACCAUGAUAGGUGUCGACGGCGACUCUCCAUCGGCAUCAUCUUCGUCGCUCUCCUCUCCACCGACACCUGUGACCACCCACUCCGAACUUCCCAGGCACAUCGUGCUUGAUUUUUCUCGAGUCACCUUCGUGGACGGCUCUAGUGCCGUGGUCCUGAAGCAGGUACUGAAGGAAUACCGAAGCAUUAAAAUCGGCGUCUACAUUGCAUGCUGUGCCGCGCCCGUAUUUUCAAUGUUGAAGAAGGGUAAGGUGCUGGAAGAAAUUCCAGCCUGCAACUUCUACCCCUCCGUGCAUGAUGCAGUACUUCACGUAGGGAAACCCCAACAAGACGUAACCGGUGGCUUCGACCUUCGGGCCGACUGCCUCUCACCGGCGAGCCAGGCGGAUCCAGCAAAGAAGUGAACAUUUUCUAUGAGAGCAAGGAUCCUUCGCAUGCCUUUGAGACCGCAUGAAGAUCAACUGACUUAAACGCCAAAGCGCCAAGAUUCCUUGUUUCUACCUCAGAAGUGGAAAAAAUGUACAUACCGCAAGAACAAUCUUCACAAAGAAUAACUAGUCGCAAGGCAGACAAUUGCAUAUGCCAAAGAUUUACAUAAGCUGACACCCACAUCUAGUGGACAUCAUCUCUGCACGUGCCCAUUUUUAGGUGUAUAUAUGAUCCAUCAGCGCAUUUUUAAUAUUCACACAUUUUAUUGUACACGUGUUGUUAUAGUCGGUUCCUCCUGAUGACGGAUGCUUGAAAUGUCUUACUGCAAUAAAUAUCUGGCGACCAUGAA